AAAAUGAUGCAGUAGCUAAACUGUUUCAGUUGAUAAUUAUUGUUAUUAUUAUUAUUUUUUUAACAAAUUCUGCUAAUAAUAAUAAUAAUAUCUCUGUUGAUUUGAACCAGCGAUGAUGAGUUGCCGUCGUCAUUUGAUACUCUGCGUCCUCUUAUUGCUAUUUGAUGAAGGGUCACUGAGGUACAUCCCAUUCCCAGCAACACCCCUCAUCCCUGCUGCCUACACAUUGGAGCCACAGGGAGACCUCUCAACAAGCCAAGAUGUCCUCCCUCCUUCCCCAUCAAAUCUUCUGAACCAAAUUCACCACAAUCCUACACCAGCAUUCAAAGAUCAGCACAACACACCAUCCCAUCAAGAUAUUAUUAAUCUAUCUGGAUUUUCAACCAUUAGCAAUACUGACCACUUUGACUCAAUAUCCACAACUUCUCCAAGUGGUGGUCUCAAAUUCAAUGCCAGCCGGAAUGCCAGUCAACUUUUCAAUGAUCGAACAUCAUCAUCAUCAGCUCACGAUAUUGGCUACACUGAACGGAUAGACAACGAAACUAAAAUGGCGACCGCUAGUGGUUGGAAUAACAGCAGUAAUGUUACACCUUCCUCUUCUUCUGUUGUUUCUUAUUCUGAGCUAAACAACUCUCUUGUUGGAACCAACAUUAGCCAGAGCAAUGCUAGUGGCCACACUGAAGAUCUCUCUGUGACUUUGGAGGACUGUCCUCAUCCGAAUGGAUCUGUGGUGGUGCUGGAAACAAGUGAUCCGUUAGCCGAUCACGUUGAUCCUAUGUCAGCCCCUGACAUCAUUGACUUCUACACUCAUCGGAUAGAUUCUGUCUCGGUCACCGAUGACCUUGGCAACACUAGUCUUAGUUUACAUCGUAACAACACUAACGUUACUGUCACAGUAGAUACUAGUGCAAUAGUUACUGAGACGGCAGCGCAGGCUGAACCGAACACAGACUUGAUGCUGGGCCUGGAGGAGGAGGAAGAGCGGGAAGAAGAGGAGGAGGUAGAGCGGGAAGAAGAGGAGGAGGUAGAGUGGGAAGAAGAGGAGGAAGAAGCCAGUGGCCAUCUUAAUACUACUCAGGAUGCUUCACUCUCAGACCCCCUGAUCGACAAUAUUAAUCAUGCUUAUGUGAUAACAGGUGACUAUAAUGUUAGCGCUGAGGCUAAUGGCUCUGUGAUAACAGGUCACUAUAAUGUUAGUGCUGAGGCUAAUGGCUCUGUGAUAACAGGUCACUAUAAUGUUAGCGCUGAGGCCAACUACUCAUCCUCAGUUGCUAUUAGUGGCUUCAGCGACAAAUUGUACUUUAUAAAAGAAGAAGCUCACAAUGAAAGUCAGGAAGCCGUUACCCUUUCCUCUUCCGCCAUUGGCUACACUGAAUAUGAAGAUUCCAUCGAAGCGACCAAUGACUACCAGAGUACUGUUACCAGCGGAGACGAAGGAACAUCACCUACGGUUACUAGUACCAGCGUGGAGCAGAGUGGCGAGAAUGAGAACCAGGAAGUGCUUCCUAUUGCGGCUCCUAUGAUUGGGUAUCCUUCCUUGGAGUCUGUGGAUCCUAAUGAAAGCACCACAAAGUCAACUGUUGUGCUGAACUACAUUGACUAUAUUGAUUCUGAACCUAGUUACUCUAACCACUAUAUGAAUGUAGCCAGCAGUGAAAAAUAUGCCCACUCUUCAUCCUCCACCUCUCCUCUUGAACCUGACAGUGACCACCUCCAAUCUGCUGAUGAUGCUGAACUAGAGGUACUAGGCUCUGGGUUGGAGGAAGAGGAGGAGAAUAGGAGCGGAGAGAACAAUUGUAGCAGCUGUAGCUGUGAUAACACCACCUCCAGUGCCAGUCACCAUCCCACCACCACCAUUGACAACACUGACUAUGAUUGGGGCUCGGCUGAAGUCAGUACGACAGGUAACCAGGGUAACAGCACAGCAGACAUUGAAGUCCCAACUGAAGUUAGUAGGAUUGUUCAGGGAAACAGCAGCAGCAUCUCCAUGGUACCUUCUGCUGAAAGCACAGUCAGCUCUGUCCAUGGUAACUACACAGUCAUUGUUCUAUCUGACUACAGUGACAACAUCACCACCACUACUCUGACCCCCACCAACCGUACCAGCGAAAGGAUUGUUGUGAGUACCACCCCCACCGCCGUGCUUGAGGAACCCACAGGAGAGAGCCGAUGUGGGACUGCAUGUUCUCCCAGCAAGGCCCUACCCUCCACCACCAGCAGUCUGGAAGCCAAAGAGGAAGAGAAGGACCAGAAAGCGUCUGAUGCUGCAAAGAAGCCCGUGUCAUUGUGGAACAGGGGCCGCUCGUUGUGGCCUCGGUUUCCAUGGAUGCGCAGGUAUUAGAACUACGGAUCUCUGGGACCGGGAAAUUUUGAGGGGAACCAAAUCUGAGGGGAACAUUUUUUGAGGGGAAUAUUUUUUGAGGGGGAACAGUUCUGAGGGGAUUAAUGAAAGAUAAGAGAUAUUAAUAUUUGUAUUGUUUUUUUUAGAUGUUGACAUGGAUGCAGUAGUUUGGGGGUUUAAUGUUCGUGCAUGUCCACUAUGUUGUUGUACACUACAAUAUGUAUAUUUUAAAUAAAUAGUCC